UCAUGUCAUUCCCUGUACAUGGAGAACAAGGAGGGAACCUGAAACUGAAAGUGUUCAUUCAGGUCAGACUCCAUUUUUUUUGUUGACAGAGCAGAAGGAGGAAAACUGAAGGCGGAGGCAGGGCUGACUGAAGGCCAGAAGAUGAGUGUUUGUGUGGAGGAAGAGGAGGACAGAGCAGAGUCUCCAGGAUCCAGCUGUCUGUCUCUGAAGAGUGACCAGUCCAAAGAUCAUCCUCCACGCUUCAGUAAUGAACCUGGACCCUCAGACACAAAAGAGAGGAAGAGGAACCAUGUUUCUGUGGAGGAGCAGCUGUCCUGCUGUUCUUUGUGUCAGGACGUCCUGAAGGAUCCAAUCUCUACCAGUUGUGGACAUCGGUUCUGCAGACAAUGCAUCACCUCAUACUGGGACCAGUCUGCUUCAUCAGGAGACUCCUCCUGUCCCCAGUGUGGAGAACAAGAAUCAUUGAGUGGUGGUCUGCAGGAGGUUUUAGAUGAACAUAAGAUCAGCCUGAGGAGGAGAUGUGAACGUGUGACUGAAGGAAGUGAUGAAACAGGAAGUGGAACCCUCCUCAACAGGAUCUACACUGAGCUCUACAUCACAGAGGGACAGAGUGAAGAAGUUAAUACCCAACAUGAGGUGAGGCAGCUUGAGACAGCUUCCAAGAUGGAGGCCCUCCAUGACUCUCCAAUCAAGUGCCACGACAUCUUUAAAGCCUUACCGGGCCAACAGAGACACAUCAGGGUCGUUCUGACGAACGGUGUCGCUGGCGUUGGAAAAACCUUCUCAGUGCAGAAGUUCACUCUGGACUGGGCAGAGGGCUUGAAAAACCAAGAUGUCAGUCUGCUGAUUCUGCUUUCGUUCAGGGAGCUGAACUUGAUCAAAGAUGAGCGGUACAGUCUUCUCGAGCUGCUCCAUGUUUUCGAUCCAACAUUACAGAAGGUCACAGCAGAGAAGCUCGCUGUCUGUAAACUUCUGUUCAUCUUUGACGGCCUGGAUGAAAGCAGACUUUCACUGGAUUUCAAGAACAGGAAGGUCGUGUCUGAUGUCACACAGAAGUCAUCAGUCAACGUGCUGCUGACAAACCUCGUCAAGGGGAAUCUGCUUCCCUCGGCUCUCAUCUGGAUAACUUCCCGACCUGCAGCAGCCAAUCAGAUCCCUCCUUCAUGUGUUGGCAGGGUAACAGAAGUACGAGGCUUCACUGACUCCCAGAAGGAGGAGUACUUCAGGAGGAGAUUCAGUGAUGAAGAGCUGUCCAGCAGAAUCAUCUCACACAUUAAGACAUCCAGGAGCCUCCACAUCAUGUGUCUAAUCCCAGUCUUCUGCUGGAUCACUGCUGCAGUUCUGGACCACAUGUUGACUACAGACCAGAAAGGAGAGCUGCCCAAAACCCUGACUGACCUGUACUCACACUUCCUGCUGGUUCAGACAAAGAAGAAGAAGCAGAAGUAUGACGAGGGACAGGAGACGAGUCCACAGCUGUUGACGGAGGCUGACAGGAAGGUUCUUCUGAAGCUGGGGAGGCUGGCGUUUGAACAGCUGGAGAAAGGAAACAUCAUGUUCUACCAAGAAGACCUGGAGCAGUGUGGCCUUGAUGUCUCAGAGGCCUCGGUGUACUCAGGAGUUUGUACAGAGAUCUUCAAAAGAGAGUGUGUCAUCUUCCAGAAAACAGUCUACUGCUUUGUUCAUCUGAGCGUUCAGGAGUUUCUGGCUGCAGUCUACAUGUUCCACUGUUACACCAACAGGAACACAAAGGUACUGAAGGCUUUCCUGGGGAAAAAACAUGUUGAUUCAACCCUGGAUGUCUUCCUGAUGGAAGCAAUGAUGAAAUCCCUUAAAAGUAAAAAUGGCCAUCUGGACCUGUUUGUCCGCUUCCUUCAUGGCCUCUCUCUGGAGUCCAACCAGAGACUCUUAGGAGGCCUGCUGGGUCAGACAGACAAUAGUCCAGAAAUCAUCCAGAAAGCCAUUGACAACCUGAAGGAGAAGAAGACAAAAAUCUCUCCUGAUAGAAGCAUCAACAUCUUCCACUGUCUGAUGGAGAUGAACGACCACUCAAUACAUCAGGAGAUCCAAGAGUUCCUGAAGUCAGAGAACAGAUCGGAGAAGGAACUCUCUGAGAUCCACUGCUCAGCUCUGGCCUACAUGCUGCAGAUGUCAGAGGAGGUUCUGGAUGAGUUGGACCUGAAGAAGUACAACACAACAGUGGAGGGACGACUGAGACUGAUUCCAGCUGUGAGGAACUGCAGAAAGGCUGUACUUUCUGGCUGUGGACUCUCAGAGACUCACUGUGAAGUGGUGGCCUCAGCUCUGAAGUCCAACCCCUCCCAUCUGAGAGAGCUGAACCUGAGUGACAACAAGCUGCAAGAUUCAGGAGUGAAGCUGCUGUCUGCUGGACUGGCGAGUCCAAACUGUAGAUUGGAGACUCUGAGAUUGUGGGGCUGCAGUUUGUCAAAGAUCAGCUGUGCUUCUCUGGCCUCAGCUCUGAAGUCCAACCCCUCCCAUCUGAGAAAGCUGCAGCUGAGAAACAAGCUGCAGGAUUCAGGAGUGAAGCUGCUGUGUGAUUUUCUGGAGAGUCCACACUGCAGGCUGGAGACUCUGAGAUUGAGUCUCUGCAGUUUGUCAGAGAUCAGCUGUGCUUCUCUGGCCUCAGCUCUGAAGUCCAACCCCUCCCAUCUGAGAGAGCUGCAGCUGAGUGACAACAAGCUGCAGGAUUCAGGAGUGAAGCUGCUGUGUCAUUUUCUGGAGAGUCCACACUGCAGACUGGAGACUCUGAGAUUGAGUCGCUGCAGUUUGUCAGAGAUCAGCUGUGCUUCUCUGGCCUCAGCUCUGAAGUCCAACCCCUCCCAUCUGAGAGAGCUGAAGCUGAGUAACAACAAGCUGCAGGAUUCAGGAGUGGAGCUGCUGUGUGAUCUUGUGAAGAGUCCACACUGCAGACUGGAGACUCUGAGCUGGUGGCCUCUGUCAGAGUGAGUGAUCAGAAAGGCGGUUGUGUUGAGAGGACCAGCUGUGUCCUGAUGAUCCAGAGGUUGAAGCAGCAGCUGGUGUGUGGAGAGGCUCUGACUGGGCCAUGUUACUGGGAGGUGGAGUGGAGAGGAGAGCUUCACCCAGCAGUGACUGACGGAGGAAUCACAACAAGUGGAGAUGAGUCUCAGUGCUGCAGUCUGAACUGCUCUGAGAUCAGCUCCACUGUCAGACACAAAGGCAAGUCCACCAUCGUCCCUGUGUGUUCCUCUGGAUGUGACAGAGUAUCGUCAGUGGAUCUGGACUCUCUGCUGCUGCUCUGUCCUUCUACACCGUCUCUGCAGACACACUGAGACUCCUCUACUCCUUCUGCUCCACACUCAGCCACCUCCUCCACCUGGACCUGGACGUGAGUCUGGAUUUAGUUUUUUCUUUCUUUUUUGAUUCAGUCUGUGGUUAUCUCUGUAUUUCUUUGUGUUGCACCUCCACAUUGUUGACUGAUGGAGAACUGCUGUUAAUUUUCACAUUAUACUGUAUCAUGGAGGUUGAAGUCAGAAUGCAGAAGUCUGCAGUUUAAGUGUCAUUCUCAUCUGUGCUAGAUUAUAUUUCUGUAUACUCAUUCUUUUUUCUUCUGUAUGUUGGUUUUUAUUUCAUAUGAAUCUAUCAUUAUAUUCUGUAACAGAUUGCAUUAUUUGCAGAAACCAGUGUGUUGACACCACUGAUGACCCGAGUGUAACAACACUGUAAUGAAAGUGUUAUUCUCUAAAUGCAACAUGUUUAAAAUAGUAAUUAGUGUUCGUGUGACCUGCUCAGGGACUGGGGAUGGAAAUGAGCUAGUAACUAACUCUGGUACAAUGCAUCUCUUCUCCUUGUAUGAGAUUAAUGUUUUUUUGUAUAUGGUCCCCGACAAAUAAUGUAAUAAACUAAGCUAAUAAAUAAGAUUGGGGCCCAAAUAAAAUGAGGCCCCCCCUGCAUGAGUUUGUAAGUGAAAUGUUUUUUUUUUUGUAAUGAGCAAAAAUUAUUAAACAACGUUGUUAUCAUUCCA